CAACAACUACUCUACCCACAAUCCAACCAGCAGCCGUGACUGCCUGGCCCGAACAGACGCUCGUUGAUACGCCUCCCCGCUACCGACUGCACGACGCCGAUGGGAGCACUGGCAGCUGGUGUUUGCCUCCUCUCCAGCUGUAGUCCUCGCCAUAGCCCUGUGCACCUCCACGUCCCGCCCUUCGACACAUCCAUCCCAUCAAGCUGCCGCCGGGGAUAAAGCUGCUUGAGGAUGGCGUCCUGGUUUGGAAAUGCGGCAAACAGCGAGCUCGAUGCGCAGAUCGAACGAGCGACAUCCAGUUCGCUCGAGGACAUCGCGCUCAACCUCGAAAUCAGCGAUGUCAUCCGCAGCAAGACGGUGCAGCCGCGAGAGGCCAUGCGCAGCCUAAAGCGCCGCAUCGGCAACAAGAACCCCAACGUGCAGCUCGCCGCGCUCAAUCUGACAGACACAUGCGUCAAGAAUGGCGGCUCGCAUUUCAUGGCCGAGAUUGCCAGCAGAGAGUUCAUGGACAAUCUGACCAGCAUCCUCAAGGCCGCUGGCUACGCCUACACCUCCGCCGAAACCAACGCCGACGUGAAAGCCAAGAUCCUCGAGCUCAUCCAAAAUUGGGCCGCAGCUGCCCAGGGCCGCGAAAGCCUGACCUACAUCUCCGACACCUAUCGCUCGCUGCAGUACGAAGGCUUCCACUUUCCGCCCAAGCAGGACGUCGCCAGCAGCAUGUUCGACUCCUCUGCCCCGCCCGAGUGGACGGACAGCGACGUCUGUCUGCGAUGUCGCGAGAAAUUCACCUUCACAAACCGCAAGCACCACUGUCGAAAUUGCGGCGGUGUCUUCUGCGGCACAUGUUCGAGCAAGAGCCUGCCACUGCCACAUUUGGGAAUCAUGCAGCCGGUGCGAGUGGAUGAUGGCUGCUACGUGAAGCUUACGGAGAAGAGCCGCGCCGCGCUGGCGCCAGCGCCGCAGAGCCCGGCAGGUGCGAAGAGGACCCUCUGGCAGGACUCUGGCAUGGGUCGGAGUGGCUCAGAACGAAUGCAGCCAAGAGGUGCUCGCGUGACAGAGGACAGCUUCGAUGCCGACUUGAAGCGCGCGCUGGAGAUGAGCUUGGAGGAGAGCAAGGGUCACGCGGGAGCAGGAUACGUGCCGCAGUCGCAGUCGCAGCUGCCUACGCCGAAGCCGCAGACCAACGGAAACAGCAAGAGCGCGCCGAAGCAGGAUGCAGAGGAGGAGGAUGCAGAUCUCAAGGCGGCCAUUGCGGCGAGCAUGCAGGAUAUGGAGGAGCAAAAGAAGCGACAUGCGAAGGAGCUCAAGGAACAGGCUUCUUCGCCCGUUGCAGCUGCAUCUCAAUACAAGCCCAACAACCAGUUUGAGUUGACGCCUGUGGAGGCUGAGAACAUCAAUCUAUUUGCCACGCUUGUAGAUCGUCUACAGCACCAGCCGCCUGGCACCAUACUGCGAGAACCUCAAAUCCAGGAGCUGUACGAAAGCAUAGGCACCUUGCGCCCCAAACUGGCCAGGACAUAUGGGGAGACCAUGAGCAAACAUGACACCCUGCUAGAUCUGCACUCGAAAUUGGCAACAGUAGUACGCUAUUAUGACCGGAUGCUGGAAGAACGCAUGGCAAGUGCCUAUACAUCGAGCAGGUACGGUGCUCCACAGCGGACGAGCAUGUACCCAAACAUACCGUCUGCUGCAUCUGAUGGACCCAGCGGUGUCGAGAGCUACUACACCGGGAAUGCCCCGCAGAUGGAUGGCUAUGCUCCGCCACCGUCUCAGGCAGCAUAUGGCGCUUACCAACAACCAUCCGCUCCCUACCCUUCGUUUGACAAGCAGCGCGUCUCCUCGCAUGGUCCACCUCCGCCUGAAGCGUCAUAUUACCAACAGCCGCAGCAAGGCUAUCCUCUUCAACCCCAACCUCCGCAGCAGCAACAGCAGCAGCAGCAGCCGCCGGCUCAUACACCAUAUCAACAGCAGCAUCAACCACCUCCUGAGCAGCCUCAACGACGCCCCUCCACGCAAUAUCAUCCGCAGACCAACUCACAAUAUGCGCACAGCCAUAGCUCUCAGCAGUCAAAUCCAGCUGUCUCCUCCCCUCCCGCAGAUCCCAAUGCCAACUUCUACUACGGCGAACAGCCUCCCACAUCGGCGCCACAUCAACAAGCACUUCCGUCCCAGCAGCAACAGCAACAGCCGCCGCCAAGCCCCGAGAUGUAUCACCAACCACCUCCUCAGCAAUACCAACAGCCGCCUCAUCAGCAACAGUCAAUACCUCCUCAAUCAUAUCCCCAGCAGGCACCACAACAACCUCCUCUGCAAAGACAACCUUCGCAGCAGCAUUACCACCAGCAGACGCCAAGACAACGGGCUCCUCAGCAGCAAUGGCCUCAAGCGCCUGCAGCUCUUGGUGGCUAUGGACAAGAGGCGUUUCCGUCGGCACCGCAACAUGCGCCACAAGUCAAAGAGGAAAGUUUGAUUGAGCUGUAG